GUGUGCAUCAUGACUCUGAGUGGCAGCCGCAUGUGGGUGUGAGUAGGUCAGUGCCAGGUGACAAUGGUUGGCGGCAGAUUUCAUUUGGAUUUUCUUGACUCAAAAUGUUCCUAUGCAAGUCAUUCACAUUUUGUCAUCUUUGGUCUGAUUAUUGUUUACUACACCACACCCUCCUCUCCUGUUCAAGCAUCAAGUCCAGUGAAGUGCAGGUCACUGAACAUUUCUUCCAAAUAUCAGCACUGUGAGAUCCACCCAGAUGGAGUUCAUGAUUUAGAUUGCUUUGGGGAAAAUAAACGACAUGGCGUGAAAGUGUGUGUGUGGAAACCUGGAACGCGCUCAUCAGAAAAGACGUACACACUUAUCGUACAACAACAAAUGCGCAAAACAUAUUGCAGAGCUAACCACAACAUCACUGAGUUCUCUAAAACGAUCACAUUAUAUGAAACUGUGAACGUGGUCGUGGAGGUUUUGGAAAACAGCGAAUCAACAAAUUGCACAAAAGCAGUUUUUAAGGGUUCACCAAAGACCAUGUUGCGAUGUGGUCCUCCAUAUACGGUGUCCUUCAGCCGCCACUCUGGAGGACUGGUUGUGAAUGUGAGCUGGCCACAGGAGGACAUAAAGGCCAUAAAGUAUUACUCUGUGAGCUAUAAAGCACUGGGCAGCCUGACGUGGAGCAAGACCGUGCAAUCCCAAAAUGCAACGAUAUGUACAGUGGACAACCUGAACUCCUCACUGGUCUACACUGUACAGAUACAGUGCGUCACCAGUGAUAAAUGCCCUCAGUGUGCAGUGAGUGAAGCCUACACUGUCCCAUCAGAACUGACCACUCAGCCGGUCAUUGUCAACCUUGAAGAAACUGACAUUAUUGGAAGAAAAGGCUGCCGGCUGCUUUCUUUAACCUGGAAGUUUCCUGCCACGGAGCUGCAUGAUGGCUACUACGUGACCGUUGGGAAAGCGUCAGGAGAGGCUCCACGUGAGCGGAUAACCACCACUCAGCCCGAGAUCAGACUGAUCCUCUCAUAUUCAGCUUAUCAUCUCAACAUCAGUGCUGUGAACAACGCUAGCAUCUCUCCAGCUGUCAGCCGGGCGAUACCACAGCGAGGAGACAUGCCCCGUAUGGGAGCUGGGAUGCUGAACGUGACAGUCCACAGCAAUACAUCUCUUACCAUCUAUUGGAAAGACGAUCUCAUCAAAAACUAUGUCUGCUAUUCUGCGGAGUGGACGAAGGGGGGACAUAAAGCAACGCACAUGUCCUUCUAUCAGAACAAAAACAACUAUAAGACCGUAUCUUCUCUACCAGAGCCUUUGGAGCCUCAUAAGAGAUACAGCAUCACUCUGCACACACGGCCAGACAAGGACACCUGCAACAUGAAGCACGUGAACAACAGCGAGAGCACCUAUGGGACAACACAGUUCUAUUUCACUCAAGGAUCUCCCAUCAGCGCUCCCGCAAACAUCAGCAGCGAAAAUGUGACGCUGAAUUCAGUGGCGCUGCAGUGGUCGUCCAUCCCGGAGGAGGACAUCAGAGGUUUCCUCCUGGGUUACGUGAUCUACUACAAUGAGUACCACCACGGAAAGUCAAGUACAGAGAGAAAUUUUACAGUGGAUCCAAUGCUGAACAGCUGUGAAUUGGGGAAUCUCAAAAGUGGCACAGCGCACGAAGUCCAGAUAUCAGGUUUCACCCGGGCAGGAGCAGGAGUACGAAGCACAGCAAGCCUGUUUAAAACUAAUGAUCAAGACGUUUCUAAUCUCAGUGGCCUCAUCACAAUCUUUGCAGUUCUGGCGGCUGUGCUGAUAUUUGGAUCUCCUAUAAUGAAAAGAGCUAAAGUGAUUCUGUGGCCAAGCAUACCGAACCCUGGAAAGAGCGAUGCAAUGCAGAGAAUAGAAAAGCCUUGUGAACUGGAUCUACUAAAGUCCAUCGACACUCUGAGGGUGGAGGAAUGGGACACCAUCAGCCUUCGGCUAGUUGAGAAAGAAGAUGAUGCGACCCCUGCUAGCACAUCGCCAUCAGAGUUAUUGCUUCUCCACGCGUCAGAGGACGAGGGAGACUCGCCAGAAAUGAGUCCUGACUGGAUCCAACGAGACACCGAGGAUGCAGCUGGAGAUGUCCCGCCUGACAGCACUGGAGAAACGUUCCCAGACAUCCGACGGACAGACACCCAGAGUUCCCCUUUCGCCUUUUCUAGUGCAUACACAACAUUGGACAUGUUUCAGCGGGGCAUGCCGGCGAACACAUCGGUUACUCAAGCCACGGAAAGCAAACCAGAGGACACAGACUUGACUGUGGGAAAAUCAGGAUUGGACUACAUAAGACAAUUUAGCACCAGUCCGAUAACGGACGGCAACAUGGCCACAAUUUUGUGAAAACUGUUUCGAACAGGACUGCAGACCAUGAAGAGCCAAGACCACGGGAUCAUGAGAACCAUCAUCCAUCCAUCCAUGUUUUCAUUAUUCAUAAAGACAGAAGUUAAGUUCUCUACUGUCCAUGCACAUCCACAUCUCUGCUCAUUUCUGUAGCACUUUACCUGCUAUACAUCCCUGAACAUACAGUACCGUACUUUUAUAGCUGAACCUGAACACCUCAUGAUGGAAACAUGACUGAAAAUGCUUUAAGAGCACAAGUGUAUCAAUGUACAAUCUUUGCAAUGCAGUUGUCCCAAUGAAUGCCUAAUAUCAGGGCAAUGGGCCUUUUUCACAGUAGACAUUUUAACUUAUAGCAGUGAAAGCACUCAUGUCUAGUGACAUUAUGCUGCAUUCACGUGGUGUUGGAAUAAUCGGAAAAAUGUGUUCCCGACUAGGAAAGUUCACCCGAAUGCCGAUUCAAGUCGGAACAACUCUGAAAGUUUGCUAAAAUGUUUGGUACUCGAGUUGACGUCAUUGCACACGUAUUAAAUAUACACAUUUUAGUAAUAAAAAAAUAGUAAUAUGGUAUUAGGUUGUAACCAUUCGAUGAUGUGCACUAAGGGUGAUCUAGUGACCUAUGCAAUAUUUGAGUGGUUUUAGGGAAAGUUUGGGACAAAAUCAGUCAUAAAGUACAACACGUCUUCUUUGUAGCGUCCACGUUGUUUCCACAUUACGGCUUAAAACUCAUGAACACACAGCUGAAGAAGUAAGAACAGGUGCGUUCUCACUGGAGUCCAGAGGGAAUCACCUCUUGGUUAAAUUGCAGCAUUAAAACUCUGAACAUGAGUGAAUGAAAAGUCUCUUUAUUGAGUGUUGUUUAGGAAACAGAUGAGAUGUAUCUCUCGUUUCAAACUGAGGACCACAAACAAACAUCCAAGUUCUUCAAAAACCGUGUUACCAAAUCUUUACAUCGAGUCUCAAACACAGACUUUCCCCCGUCAAUCGUCUCUACUGUAGUAUCCGCACACAGCGGACACGUGGAUAUAAAAAAAUAAAAUAAAAUCUUUUAAACUUCAUCACUUCAAACUGAAGUGCUGUGAACACAAAAAAAGCAGGAAAAUAAAAAAGCCAUCGGGGGA